AUGGACAACAGGUCGUGCUGUGUCAUCGAGGGCGACACCAUCUCCCGGGUGAUGCCCCCCCUGCUCAUUCUGGCCUUCGUGCUGGGUGCCCUGGGCAAUGGGCUCGCCCUGUGUGGCUUCUGCUUUCACGUGAAGACCUGGAGACCCAGCACCAUCUACCUGUUCAACCUGGCGGUGGCUGACUUCCUCCUCAUGGUCGGCCUGCCCUUUCGGACGGACUACUACCGCCGCCACCGGCGCUGGGUCUUCAAGGACGUCCCCUGCCGGCUGGUGCUCUUCAUGCUGGCCACCAACAGGGCGGGCAGCAUCGUCUUCCUCACCGUGGUGGCCGUGGACAGGUAUUUCAAGGUGGUCCACCCUCACCACGCCAUGAACGCCUUGUCCACGCGGGCGGCGGCCGGCCUGGUGUGCGGCCUGUGGACCGUGGUCAUCCUGGGGACGCUGUACCUGCUGACCGAGAGCCACCUGUGCGCGCAGGGCCCGGCCAUCUCGUGCGAGAGCUUCGUCAUGGACUCGGCCAAUGGCUGGCACGACAUCAUGUUCCAGUUGGAGUUCUUCCUGCCCCUCGGUGUCAUCCUCUUCUGCUCCGUGCGGGUCGUGGGCAGCCUGAGGCGGCGGCCACAGCUGGCCCGGCAGGCGCGCACGCGGAAGGCUGCCCGCUUCAUCAUGGUGGUGGCUGCCGUGUUCGUCGUGGGCUACCUGCCCAGCGCCUUGGCCCGCCUCUACUUCCUGUGGGCCAUGCCCGCCAGCGCCUGUGACCCCGCCGUGCACCUGGCCCUCCACGUCACCCUCAGCUUCACCUACAUCAACAGCAUGCUCGACCCCCUGGUGUAUUAUUUCUCCAGCCCCUCGCUCCCCAAGUUCUACACCAAGUUCAAGAUCCCACCUCUGAGGCUCAAGCGUCCUGGGCGCCCUCAGACCACGCCGAGGCCUGAAGACAUUCCCGUUUCCACCCUCUGA